AUGCAGUUGCAUGAGCUGGAGGAAAUUAGGCACCUGGCCUAUGAAAACUCGAAGAUUUACAAAGAGAGGACAAAAGCUUUCUAUGACAAGAGGAUCCUCAACAGAAGCUUUGCACCAAACGAUCAGGUAUUGCUCUUUAACUCUAGAUUGAAAUUGUUUCCAGGGAAGCUGAAAUCGAGAUGGUCUGGACCAUUCACCAUCAAGGAGGUUCAACCAUAUGGAGCUGUAGUGUUGCUGGACACUAAAGGAGGCGAGUUUGUUGUCAAUGGACAGAGGUUGAAACCAUACCUUGCUGGUUCAAAUAAGGCAGAGGGUGAAUCAGUCACCUUAAGCGAUCCUCCUCAAGCCUAA